AUGCCGCCACGUCGUGGUCGUGGACGCGGAGGAUCCACAAAUGAGUCUACCAGGAACGAACCGAUCCCGAGAGUCGGUCGAGGACGUCCGGCCGCUGCUCCGGUACCUGCGCCGCCGGCUAAUGGCAGAAGAGGCAGAGGCCGUCCAGCUUUGAAUGCAGGAAGAGGACGAGCUCGACAGGCUCCGGAGCCGGCACCAGAGCCAGCUCCAGCUCAAUAUGCGAUUGCAAGAAGGGGCAGAAGCCGUCCAGCUUUGAAUGCAGGAAGAGGAAGAGCUCGUCAGGCUCCGGAGCCGGUGCCGGAGCAAGCUUCAGCUCAAUCGGCGAUUGCAAGAAGAGGCAGAGGACGUCCAGCUUUGAAUGCAGGAGGAGGACGAGCUCGUCAGGCUCCGGAGCCGGCACCAGAACCAGCUCCAGCUCAAUCGGCGAUUGCAAGAAGGGGCAGAGGCCGUCCAGCUUUGAAUGCAGGAAGAGGAAGAGCUCGUCAGGCUCCGGAGCCGGUGCCGGAGCAAGCUUCAGCUCAAUCGGCGAUUGCAAGAAGAGGCAGAGGACGUCCUGGUCAAUCGGCGAACACAAGAAGAGGCAGAGGCCGUCAGACUCCAGCUCAACCGGCGAACGCGGGAAGAGGCGGAGGACGUCAGGGUGCAGCUCAACCGGCAAACACAGGAAGAGGCAGAAGACGUUCGGCUCAACUUGCGAACACAGGAAGAGGGCGAGGAAGAGGCGCCGUCAGAGGGGCCCAAGCUCAUAUUUUUUUGCCGAAUAGACGGCCGAUGAUACACAUAGGUGAGAACGCAAUUCAGAACUGAUCUAAACUCUAUAUUCUUCAGCUCCCGGUGUCGGCUUCGUUAUCGACCGCAUGGAGUGAGUUCUAUUUAACCAUGGAACUUCUUUCUAUAGUAAUUUUAACUUUAGAGGAAAUCUUGGCGUCCUUGUCGAAAUGGCGCACCAAAUGAGAGCAGGGUGGGCAGCGAACAACUUCACAGACGGUCCACCCAUUUUCGAAGAGGACCGCCCGAUGUACGAUGAUGAGAUCAGCAACUACGCCAACAACGAUACGACUGUGGUGCCGCCGCCGACGGUUCAGAUGUACAAAGGAAAACCAAUGGAACCGUGAGUGACUCUUGAACGUCUCCUAAUUUUUACUGUGAAAUUUCAGGGAUCCCACUUGGGGAGACUGCACUAUCUGUUUCCAGACGCCAGUCAAACCAAUCGGAUGCAAACAAUGCCUCCGCUUCAUCGGGUGCUCUGAGUAAGUUCUCUCUUUUCGGACUGAUGAUUCGAGCACUUACAUUUCCAGUUGUGUGAGCCGUUGGUAUCGCGCUCGCGUUGAUACGUACGGUGCAUCCUCGUGCCCGCUUUGCCGUGCUCACUGGCGCCUUAAUCCUCUGACCAGUAAGAUGACUGUUAUCGACAGACUUCGUGCAAGAAACGAAAAUAAGCUGAAAAAAUCUGCUGCCGCUGCCAGUUCGUCCUCCCUUUAA